AUGGCGACUCCCGACGACUGCGCCGCCAGCUGGCUUCUGUACCUUUCGCUCGCCGCCAAAUGCGGCGGCGAUCACCCCGGCCGCCUCGCCGGCCUCCUCGCGGUCUGCGCCGCCGCCUUCGCACUCACCUGCCUCCUGCACUGGUGCUUCCCCGGCGGGCCGGCCUGGGGCAGGUGGUGGCUCACCCGCCGCCUCAAGGGCUCCCUCGUCUCGGGGCCCAGGGGCUUGCCGCUGAUCGGCAGCAUGUGGCUCAUGACCGGCCUCGCCCACCGCAAGCUUGCCGCCGAGGCCUCGCGCCUGGGCGGCCGUGCUAAGAGGCUGAUGGCCUUCUCCCUCGGCGAGACGCGCAUGGUGGUCGCCGCGCACCCGGACGUGGCUAGGGAGAUCCUCUACAGCCCGGCCUUCGCCGACCGCCCCAUCAAGGAGUCGGCGUACGGGCUCUUGUUCCACCGCGCCAUCGGCUUCGCGCCCCACGGCGCGUACUGGCGCGCGCUCCGCCGCGUCGCCUCCACGCACCUCUUCUCCCCGUGGCAGGUCACCGCGUCAGCUCCCCAGCGCGCUGUGAUCGCGCACCAGAUGGUCGCAGCCCUCGCUAGCGCCGGCGCCGGCGUCGAGGUCCGGCGCGUGCUGCGGCGCGCGUCGCUGCACAACGUGAUGUGGUCCGUGUUCGGCCGCCGCUACGACCUGGGCACCGGCAAGGAGAGCGAGGAGGUCCGCGAGCUGAGCCACCUGGUGGACGAAGGCUACGACCUGCUGGGCCAGCUCAACUGGUCCGACCACCUCCCCUGGCUGGCCCGCUUCGACCCGCAGGGCACACGCGCCCGGUGCUCCCGUCUCGUCCCCCUCGUGAACAGCUUCGUCGGCCGCAUCAUCGACGACCACCGCUCCGCCGCUCCGUCCGCCGCCGUCAAGGACUUCACCGACGUCCUGCUCUCCCUCCAGGGCGGCGACAGGCUCGCCGACGCCGACAUGAUCGCGGUGCUCUGGGAGAUGGUGUUCCGCGGGACCGACACAGUGGCGGUGCUGAUGGAGUGGGUGCUGGCCCGGCUGGUGCUGCACCCGGACGUGCAGGCGCGGGUGCACGAGGAGCUGGACCGCGCGGUGGGGCCCGACCGCGCCGUGACCGAGUCCGAUGCCGCCUCCCUCCCCUACCUCCACGCCGUCAUCAAGGAGACACUCCGCGUUCACCCGCCCGGCCCGCUGCUCUCCUGGGCCCGCCUCGCCACCUCGGACAUUCACGUUGACGGGUUCCUCAUCCCCGCUGGCACCACAGCCAUGGUGAACAUGUGGGCCAUAACCCACGACCCCGACGUGUGGGCCGAGCCGGACGAGUUCCGCCCGGAGCGGUUCGUCGCCGGACAGCCGGCCGCCGAGCUCUCCGUCAUGGGGUCAGACCUCCGCCUGGCGCCGUUCGGGGCCGGGCGGAGGAGCUGCCCCGGGAAGAGCCUGGCGAUGGCGACGGUGGCGUUCUGGCUGGCGACGCUGCUGCACGAGCUGGAGUUCCUGCCCUCCCCCGACCCGGCGCGCGGCGUCAACCUGGGGGAGACCCUGAGGCUGUCGUGCGAGAUGGCGGCCCCGCUGGCCGUGACGCCGAGGCCGCGACGCCCGGCGGCGUGA